AUGGGUUCCCUAACGGUUCGGCGAAACGUGGACAGCCAGCGCCGAUGUCAUAGCUUAGGGCCUGCCAAGCACGAAUUCGACAUCGUUGCGCUCUCCAACGUCUAUCGACGACAACCCUAUCGAAUCCACAAGUCCGACCUCCAGACUUACACUGCCGACGUACGUUAUCACCCCGACCCGGUCUCCCUGCGAAUACCCCACCUUGCGACUGACACCCGCGCCAGUGUCGACCGUCGCCUCCACCUCCGCAUCUCCUCCGCAAGCUCGAAAAUCGCCGCCAUGGGUUGGUUCGGCUCAAGCUCCAAGGACGACUCGGGCGUCAAGAAGACAGAAGGCGGCGCAUUCGAGUCACCGUCGCGAUCCAACCGGAAACAGUGUUACGCCGCACGCGACGCCUUCUUCGAAUGCCUCGACAAGAACAACGUCCUAGAUAGCAUAAACACAAAGUCUGGUAGGGACAAGGCUGCAAGCUUCUGCGGGUCGUUUGAUCAGGAGUUUGAGAAGAACUGUGCACACAGCUGGGUCGAAUACUUCAAGAAGCAACGAGUCGUAAACUACCAAAGAGAACAGACGAUCAAGAAGAUCGAGAUGCAAGGUGGAGAAAUCACUGCCCCGCAACUACCACUGCCGGGUCAGAACAGAUAG